CGGCAAUGACCUUUUCAAUGGGACUAUAUAUAUACCCAUUGUAAACAUGUGUGCUACAUAUCAGUCUUUCUUCCUUUGUCCUUUUUCUCUGCUUCUUCCGCUUCUUCAGAGAACAAAACUAUGACCAUCCUCAUCGACCAACCUUCCCUUGGGUCACAGUUUGAAGAGAAAAAUGUGAAUUCAGAAGAAACCAAUGAGCUUGUGUUGGAUGGUGGAUUUGCUUUGCCUAAACAUGAGUCACCGAAUGGAUUUGCAGCCCCUGAGAUUAAACAUGAGUCACCGAAUGGAUUUGCAGCCCCUGAGAUCAAUUCUUUUGGACACUCCUUCAGGAACUAUGAUGCAGAAAGUGAAAGGCAAAAAGGUGUGGAGGAAUUCUAUAGGCUGCAACACAUCAACCAGACAUAUGCCUUUGUGAAGAAAAUGAGGGAGGAAUAUGGGAAAUUGAACAAAGCAGAAAUGGGCAUAUGCGAAUGCUGUGAGCUGCUCAAUGAGGUGGUUGAUGACAGUGAUCCUGAUUUGGAUGAACCUCAAAUUGAGCAUUUGUUGCAGACAGCUGAGGCUAUCAGAAAAGAUUAUCCUGAUCAAGAUUGGUUGCAUUUGACUGCUCUUAUUCAUGAUCUUGGGAAGAUCCUUCUCCUUCCUAGCUUUGGACCCCUUCCUCAAUGGGCUGUUGUUGGAGAUACAUUUCCCCUGGGGUGUGCUUUUGAUGAGUCAAAUGUUCACCACAAGUAUUUCAAGGACAACUCUGAUUACAAAAAUCCUGCUUACAACACUAAGAAUGGGAUCUACAAUGAAGGAUGUGGACUAGACAAUGUAGUGAUGUCAUGGGGACAUGAUGACUACAUGUACCUGGUUGCUAAGGAAAAUGGCACCACUCUGCCUCCAGCAGCAUUGUUCAUUGUCAGAUAUCACUCAUUCUAUCCAUUACAUAAGGAAGGAGCAUACACACACUUGAUGAAUGAAGAAGAUGUUGAGAAUCUGAAAUGGCUCAAGAUAUUUAACAAAUAUGAUCUAUACAGCAAGAGCAAAGUUCGAGUUGACUUGGAAAAAGUUAAGCCUUACUAUAUAUCGCUAAUUGAGAAGUAUUUCCCAGCAAAGCUCAGAUGGUGAAACUUGAAAGUUGAAGACAUGGUGUCCAAGAUGAGGGGAUGCAAAGGAAUCAUUUAACUUAUUGUAUUACUUUAAAAUUGGAGUUCUAGUCUACACCACCGUUCUACAUUGGAAUGUGUGCUCACAGAGAAAAACAAACAUAGUAUGUUUAAAUUUAUGAAUAAAAAUAAAAUUGUCGAUACUGAUUUAAAAUUGCAA